UUUUAAUUUGUUUGGGUUAUAGAAAGAAAUGGAAGAACGGCUGGCCGGUUGUUUGAGCACGGCAAGUAGCUCAACAGGCAAGUUUGUUAGGUGCGACGGGCCACGGAUGUCGUCCCGCUGGCCGGGUGCUUUUUAUCGAACUUUUUUUUUGUGUUGGUGACAAACAAAACGAACUUUUUACGAGUUUGAUCAUGUGAUAUAAACGACAUGAAACCGAACUUAUUCGAUCAGUGAAACGAAAACGAAAAAUGAUAUAAAUAAUUCAAGAUGAUGAAGUUCAAAUCAUUGUUCCGUAGAGGGCCAAGUCAGGGGAAACAGGAGUCCACGUUAAAAGGGGCUCCAUCAGUUUCGAGCCUCGAUUCAAAGCACCACAAAGUCGCACCAGCUCGCGACAAGACAUUGAAGAUCUUUGGGUCAAAAGAGAAGUUACAUAAAGCGCACAAGAAGAAGGAUUUAGGAAAUAAUAAUGCUGUAUUAGAAGACCCUGAAUUAAGAGAAGGUUUGGAGUAUGAAGAUGGGCAAGUUGGGGUGCAUGAUUACGGUAGCGCUGAGGAGCUGGGGUCGGUAGGCGGGCGAGGCUCGCAGGAGUGCGUCAGUCUGCCCGUCACUCUGAAUGCCGAUCACAUGCCCGGCUUCCAGGAAGUGGAGCUCAGGCCUAGAGUACCAUCUGAGGCAUCAUUAGCGUCUGGAGUCCGGGAAAUUGAGUCGCUGAGAAGAGAAUUAGAAGCUACCGUGAUGGAGAGAGCACAGCUGCAGGCCAGGGUUGAUGAGUUACUGGAGAAGGUAACAGAAGCUGACCGGCUUCGAGGAGAGCUGGAGAGGCUGAAGAGUAUGGACGCAGAACGCGAGGCGGCGCUGGAGCGGCUGGCGGACGAGAACGGAGCGUUGCGCGCGCGGCUGCGCGGCGUGGCGCACUCGCCGCUGUCGGACAGCGAGAAGCGACAGCUGCUGCUUGCGCCCGCGCCGCGACGCAUGCACUCCUCCGCGCCCGCCUCCAUCGCACUCGCCAAUGGUGAAGGUGACAGCGGCGAGGCGAGUACACCAGAAUGGGACAAGCACUCGUCCUCCUCCCUGAGCGAGGUGUCGGUCGCCUGCCUGCAGGACCGCAUCUUGCAGAUGGAAGAACACCAUUAUAGUACAAGCGAAGAGCUACAAGCUACAUUAGCAGAGUUGGCAGAUUUACAGACACAGCUAGCAGACGCUCACGCAGACAACGAGCGUCUGGCUGACGAGAAACAAGUACUACUGGAGUCACUGUGUCGCCAGACUGAAAAACUGGAGGAUAGUCGCACUAAGGUGGACACGUUGCAAGAGCUUCUAAUGCGUGAGGGUGUGGAACCAGAGACGUUAGUGUCUGGAGACACCGACCAGCAACUCUUCGCUGUACUUAAGUUAUCUCAAGAAGAACGCAGGCUUUUGAUAACAAAGCAAGAACAAUUAGAAGCAGAACUGAACCAAACGAAGGCAGCUCUAGAAGAGAAGACCAAAGAAAAUGAGACUCUUGCUGAGAGGAUACGUGUUCUGGAAGGCAGCGUGGAGCGCGCGGAGUCGGAGCGGUCCCGGUGCGAGCUGGAGGCAGACUCGGCGCAGGAGCUGGCCGCCACCAGGCAACAUCAGAUCGCCACGCUCACUGACCUACUCGAUGCUGCCAAAGCUAAGUUGGAGGAGCGUGCGGGCGCGGCGGAGGGCGCGGCGGAGGCGGAGGCGGCGGCGGCGGCCGCGCGACGCGACGCUGACGCCGCCGCCGCGCGCGCGCUCGCACUCGCCGAGCGACUUGCGCAUGCGCAGCGACAGCUCGACCGCGCACACUCCGACGCCAGGAAGAUGCAUGAUGAUGCACUGGUAUCGCGAAACAAUGCGAAGUCAACAAUAUCCGAGCUGGAGUUCCAGAUAGAGCAGCUGCGCCAAGAGAAGACUGCCAUGCAGGGGGAGAUGAAAACUUUACAAGACAACGCCGAGGAACUACAGAUACAGGUGCAGGUAGCAUCAGACGAGAAGCUGGCACUGAUGAGUAGAGCGGGCGAGGCUCUAGCCAGGGUCGCGGACUUGGAGAGGCAGCUACAGGAUGCUCGCGCCAGGAACGCGCAGCUAACUAGGGAUCGGGAGAGAGAUGAAGCAGAAUGGAAACAAUUCCAGAGUGACCUUCUUAUGACAGUACGGGUCGCAAAUGACUUCAAAACUGAAGCUCAAAGGGAGUUAGAACGAUUAGUCUCCGAGAACAAAGUCGCAAGGGACAGGAUACGACUCUUGGAAGACCAGAUGCAUUCUCUAAAAGGUAUUGACAGAUCCGAAUCUAUGGAUAGCAUAUACUCAGAUGACAAUAUAUUAGAUACAAAGGAAUCUGAUAAAUGCGAGUCUCCAUCGAGCGACGACUUAAGUCCAUCUAAAGAUGUGUUCAAAAGUAUAAGAACUAGAUACCUAUCGAGAGUGCACAGCGUCACUGACCCUCCAGCCAAAGACCCAAGCUUAAUAGAACAGGCUUUCUUCAGAUCCACCAACCCUCCCGAAACGAACAGCGAUACGAAUGAUCUCUUGAAAGAUAAUUUCAAAAUAGAAAUUGAAAACGUCACAGUGGAUGAGACGAAUGAUGACGAUAGUCCAAAAUCUUCGACAGAAGAAUAUCCGAGUAAAGUGUUAGCCGAAGCUGUCUUACCUCCUUUGAAAGAUAAGGAGUUAAAAAGACAAAAUGCUAUCGACCAAUCCGAUGUCACGGAUAACAGUGCUCCAGCUGAACCUGAUCUUGUGGAGAACUUAAUCGAUCUGAAUUCUAGUUUUAGGUUAGUUAAAUCAGAUUCUAGUUACGUACCUAAACCCAAAGUGCGCACUAUUUUUAGUAAAAACCUAUCGGGAACUUUUAAUGGUAAACCAAAGUCCUACAGUUUGGAUAGUUUAAAUACUAACGAAGAGUAUCAAGAAGCUUUAAAUGAGGCUACUAGUGUAGAUCUACUAACUGUUAACACUGACAGUGACAUUUCUCUAUUUUCGGAAAGUACUGAUAGUGUCUUCCUUCCUCCAGUAGAAAAAAAUAACAAUAAAAUUGAUGCAAUAAAAGAGGCUAACAAUACUGAAGUAAGUAAAGAUUUAGUUGUAGUUAAAGCUGAGGAAAUUCUCCCGUUUCCAUACCCCGAUGAUAUUAAAAAACAACCCGUAGAUUUAAUCGAGCCAAAAAAGAUCUUAAGAGAUGUACCCAUUGAUGAUAAUGUUGAAAAACAACUGCAAAUGGUCAAUGAAGAAUUAAAGCUUACUUUCAAGGCUGCAAUAGAAAGAAUAAUUGGAAAUAACCGAAUGAAAAAAGCGGCAAGUUCUGACAGUCUUAUAGGUGAUGAAAAACAAACUACUUCUGAAGUUGUCUCCGUAACCAAAGAUGAAACAGAGAAUAAUACUACAAAAAUAUCUUUGUCCAAUGUUCCUAAAGUUUUAAUAAGCGAUGUUGACUCGGAACCAAAUGUUGAAGACACCAAAGAAAAUAACAAUUUAGUUACCAGUGAUGUAAAUACAUCAAGUCUGAAAGACGAAAAUAAUCCUUCUCCUGAAACUGUUGAUGAUAAUGUUCCUGCUGCACCUAAAUCUGAAGUUCCAAUAGAUGAUAAUGUUAGUUAUCACCUAAAAAUAAAUACUGCAGACUUAGGCGAUGAUGCACCAAAGAUAGACGCAGUUUCAAAUAUUAAUAGCUCUAAUAAUAGGCCUGGUCCCACAUUUAAAACUUUCUUAGCACCUCUUAAAAUAGGUAAUGGAAAUGUAGCACCGGCAGCACCUAUUAUUAUAAGCCCAGUGCUAAUACAACCAGUAUAUUUUAAACCUUUAGCUCCUAAGGAAGGUUCAACAGAGCCCAAACAAGAAACCAAAAAGGGUACUCUUUACUACAGCGAUAUUGAUCAGGUUGCAAAUGACAGAAAAAAUGAAAGUCAAAUCCUUGAAGAUAAGUGCUCUGAGGAUAGCACUAAGAGAAAAGGUAUCUAUCAAAAACAUACUAAAGCGAAACAAUUGCCUUUCCUCUCUUGGAAAACUUUUGGAUCAAACGAAAAUUUGACAGAUAGUAAAAGUAUAAACAAACCUCUAGAAGUCUCGAAGGCGCCUAAUACUUUUUCUAAAACUCCCAUAGUUCCUCUAGAGCCACCAAAAACUGUCGGUGCUGUAACAAAAGCUUCCACAAACCCUACAGAAGUUAAAGCUACAGUUGGCAAGUUAUCAAAGAGCCCGCAGUGGUUGAUAGACAAUAAAUAUUACCAACCUGUUGAGAGUGUCCCAUUUAUUAUAAAUUCAACACCAACUAUUGUACCGAAACCUGUAGAAAUAAAGAAAGAAGAUGCAGAUGUUCCUCCUAGCAAUUCAUUUAAACCUCAAGAAAGGAGAUAUUCUGAACAGGAAAAUGUUUAUGAAGAAAUAGGACCAGUGAUCUCUGAUACAAUUGCCAAAGAUAAAAAUAUAGCCGAUGACGAAAAGAUAUCAAAUAAAAACCAGUCGUUAACAGAUGAGUUCGCUUCAGUUACCAGAGAAGAGGUGCUAAAAGUGCCUAGACGUAUCAAAAAACCUAGAAAAGACGAUAGAUUUGCAAAAUCAAAGUCGUUAGAUUUUUUAGAUAAUAAAGAAGAUACGAAAGAAAUGGCGAGAGUAACCAAAUCAAUAAUAUCAUUAUCGAAAGCGCCAAGCGCGAAAGAUUUACAAAUAAAACCUGGAUCUAUUGUGGAAAUAGUGCAAAGUUUGGAGAAAAUACCGCCUCCAUCGGAUACACCAAAAGAAGUUGGUCCGAGGAAACUUUCCCUGCAGCAUCCUACUUCUACGAGCAUAGAACCAAACACUGGUUCCUUGCCAAGGGAUAAGCCAUACUGGAGGACGUUGGAGCACAAACGGUUGUCGCACCCGAUAAGAUCAUUAAAAGAUCCCCCGCCUCGCAGACCUCUACCUAUACCGCCACGCACUGAGGAGACGCCCCCUCCACCGCCGCUGUUGACGAGCGCGUCGCUGCAAGACAUCAUGGCCACUGCUGCUUCGCAUAGAAGGACUAAAGGCGUAAGUCGCCAAGACUCCAGAUUAUCAGUCAAAUCUCUUAUUGAGAGUAUAGAAAAUGCGGCAAAGGCAGCCAAGCAGUCGCCUGCAACCACUCCUGUAGGAGAAUGGCCACAGCAAACGACAGUAGGUGUAACAACGACGACGUCAACAUCUAUAAAGAACGGCAUAGCAGACUCCACAGCGCCUACAAAUGGCAUGUCUGGAACCACCUUCUCAAGUAAACCGCCCGCAGCAAGGGGCGCUAGACCGUCACCCAUCGUCAACGGCGAACGAAAAGAUCCCCUGAAUGCGCUUCAAGUAAAGAAUGGCGGGUCGAAACGCAACGCUCUACUGAAAUGGUGCCAGCAGAAGACCAUGGGAUACAACAAUAUUGAUAUUACCAAUUUUAGUUCUUCGUGGAACGACGGUAUGGCUCUGUGUGCGUUACUACACUCGUACCUGGGCGACAGUCGUAUCUGCUACUCCACACUGUCCCCACACGACAAGAGGACCAACUUCUCCGUAGCAUUCGCUGCUGCAGAGUCCGUCGGGAUACCCACCACACUGAACAUUCAAGAUAUGAUCCAACAAGAGAGACCGGACUGGCAACAAGUUAUGGCGUACGUCACCAGCAUUUACAAACAUUUUGAAACGUAAACCUUAUAACAAUUACAUAGAGAACAAUUUACAACGUCGUAGUAUUAUGAUAUUAAAACUUAUUCCAAUUUAUACGACGGCCCUUUUAGCGCUAAAGCUUGCGCAAAAAUUUGCGCAACUGCCUUACUGUUUGCGCAUUUAACAAAAUAUAUUCUAUAUUUCUUGUAGAGAGGAAAAUAUAUAUUUGUAUCUCGCUUUAAAAUUAUAAUGCAAUUAAAUAAAAAAUGAAGAUGUAAUUACCAAGAUCGAACGAAUAUUAACGCCUUUGUAAAGUAGCCUUAACUAUUAAAGAAAAAAAAUGCGUUACAUAUUUUUUAUGCUAAAAAAACUUGGAACAAAAUUAGAACAAUGCAAGUAGCUGUUGUAGAAAACUUUAGUGAAAAGUCUACGUAUAUAGACCUUAUAGGCUACUCAAUAGCCGGCUGUAGUGCAGGCUAUAACUCUAUCGAAAUAUAGGUUGUAAUUACAUUCCUAAAGAAAACUCAUAUUUUUGGACUGUAUUGAAAAAGGGAUAGUAAGGUAGCAACUAAACCUUAGUAGAAAGCUAGCAUUUAUGUGAUUGUCUGCGAUAUUGAACUUUAAUUUUCAAAUCAUAAGGUCUUAUUUCGUUCGCAUUCAAACAAAUGUCGAUAUUCUAUUGUGUAUUGAAAGAAACCAUUAAACAACAUGAGUUUUUUUCAAUAUUAUUCAAUCGUGGAACAUAGUUAAAUAAUUAGAAUGCGUUGUUCUUUUUCGAAGGUACUCGAUUGGCUUCAAGCCAUACACAGAGCUCAUAAAAAUAAACGAGCGGUUGUGAGCAAUGAAGUCCUAAU